AUGGCGAGGAAAACCCGUGUGGAUGGCACCGUUUCCCUCAGCAGCAAGUCCGUGGUGGCACCUGAGCAAGAGCAGAGCCUUUGGCACCUCUUACAGCGCGUGCCGCCGCUGCCCGGGGGCCGUGGCCGGGCCGUUGCGGCGGGCGGGGAUGAGUGCUGGCUCCCGCCGGCUCCCCAGCGCCCCCGCCGCCGCCGCAGCCCCGGCCAGACGCAGCGCGGUCGAGAGGCGACGACACGGCAGCCUCCUCCCGCAGCCGCCGCCUGGCGCCGCAACCGCCGGACAGGAGCAGCUGGAGGCCGAGAUCAUCCCUGCCACACACUUGGACUGCACAGCAAUGGGUUAAACUGGGAAGAAAAGGAUGAUUUUGGUAGUUUUGCAGACAAGACCUACGAGUGGAGCUCCGAGGAGGAGGAAUCCGUGAGGAAGGCAGGACCAGUGCAGGUCCUCAUUGUCAAGGAUGACCAUUCCUUUGAGCUGGAUGAGGCCGCCCUGAACCGCAUCCUGCUCUCCGAGGCUGUCAGGGACAAAGAGGUCGUGGCCGUGUCCGUCGCCGGAGCCUUCAGGAAAGGCAAAUCCUUCCUGAUGGACUUCAUGCUGCGGUACAUGUACAACAAGGAUGCUGUGGACUGGGUUGGAGAUUACAACGAGCCCCUGACUGGUUUCUCCUGGAGAGGAGGAUCUGAGCGGGAGACCACCGGCAUUCAGAUAUGGAGCGAGGUUUUCCUGGUGGACAAGCCCGACGGGACAAAGGUCGCGGUGCUGCUGAUGGACACGCAGGGGACCUUUGACAGCCAGUCCACCCUGAGGGACUCAGCCACUGUGUUUGCCCUCAGCACAAUGAUCAGCUCCAUCCAGGUUUAUAACUUGUCCCAGAAUGUGCAGGAGGAUGAUCUGCAGCACUUGCAGCUUUUCACCGAGUAUGGCCGGCUGGCCAUGGAGGAGACAUUCCAGAAGCCUUUCCAGUCCCUUAUAUUCCUGGUUCGUGACUGGAGCUUCCCUUAUGAAUUUUCCUAUGGAUCUGAUGGUGGGGCAAGAUUUUUGGAGAAGCGACUGAAGGUGUCAGGAAAUCAGCACGAGGAGCUGCAGAACGUCAGGAAGCACAUCCAUUCCUGCUUCACCAAGAUCUCCUGCUUCCUCUUACCUCACCCGGGCCUCAAAGUUGCCACCAACCCGAAUUUCGAUGGGAAACUGAAAGAAAUAGACGAUGAGUUCAUCAAGAACUUGAAGAUUUUGAUUCCUUGGCUUCUUAGUCCUGAGAGCCUGGAUGUUAAGGAGAUCAAUGGAAACCAUAUCACCUGUCGAGGCCUUGUGGAGUAUUUUAAGGCAUACAUAAAGAUCUACCAAGGGGAAGAGUUGCCACACCCCAAGUCGAUGCUGCAGGCCACAGCAGAAGCCAACAAUUUAGCAGCAGUUGCCACUGCCAAAGACACCUACAGCAAGAAGAUGGAAGAGGUGUGCGGGGGGGACAAGCCCUUCCUGGCGCCCAGCGACCUGCAGAGCAAACACGCCGAGCUGCGGGAGGAGGCGGUGCGGCUGUUCCGGGGCGUGAAGAAGAUGGGAGGGGAGGAGUUCAGCCGCAGGUACCUGCAGCAGCUGGAGGGGGAGAUCGACGAGCUCUACAUCCAGUACAUCAAGCACAACGACAGCAAGAACAUCUUCCACGCCGCCCGCACCCCGGCCACGCUCUUCGUCGUCAUCUUCAUCACCUACGUCAUCGCCGGCGUCACCGGCUUCGUGGGCCUGGACAUCAUUGCCAGUCUGUGCAACAUGAUCAUGGGCUUGACACUUAUCACACUCUGUACCUGGGCUUAUAUCAGAUACUCUGGGGAGUACAGAGAACUGGGAGCAGUAAUAGACCAAGUGGCCGCAGCCUUGUGGGACCAGGGAAGCACGAAUGAGGCCUUGUACAAACUGUACAGCGCGGCCGCGACCCACAGGCACCUGUACCACCACGCCUUCCCCGCCCCGCGCGCCGAGCCCGACGGCCCCGACAGGAAGAAGGUGUGAAUCCCAGCACGCUCCCGCCGAUGCAUGACGGAGGUGGUGCCGCCACCUCCUCCUCGGAUCCAAGCCCUCACCCUCGUUGUCCACCCCAGACGCCGCCGGG